UAUUCCUUCAGUCAUGGAUGACAUCCAACUAUCCAUGUUGUGUUGUGUGUCGAGGAGGAGACAACAAACAUUUUUUAAAAUGCUCCAAGAUGGGAAAUCAUUGUUGUGAAAUGAUGAAGUGAUGUGUGCUCAUAAAUUCUUGACCAAGUAAUGCAGUCUGGAAUAUGGAUCAGAAACCUGGACCACCAAUACCUCUUUUGAUAAUGAGGUUGAUGAUUGAGAUCAGUACUUGCUGUGUUACAGCUUAGUACUGGCAUUUGUAAUACAUUGCGGCAAAGUUCUGAGAUAACUAGUCUGUUAAGGCUGGUAGUUGAAAGAAUAAAGAAACUUAAGGCUUAUUACUAUAAGGAAUCAAGUCGAAUCUUGGGAAAAGAUGGCGACCUAACAAGACGUACCCUUGGGAGCUCCCCCCGUUUGUACGGUCGAAGGAUUCGUCUGUCGCGGGACCUUUGGUUAAAUCCACACCUGAAAGCACUGAAGAAUGUCUAGACUGGUCCUUGGGCCCACAGUGCAUAAUGAAGUCGAUGAUCUGGGAUUCUGUGGGGGCCAGUGAGCGUACCUUGGCUAUGGAAUUGGAGCAAGCAAGCUCCCCCAUUGUAAACCCGCAGCAGGUAUGUAGAUCUGAUCAGUCAUAGGGGAGUCCUGCGAGCGCUGCUUCGACCUGCCUCGAGGGGUCUUUGAGGGACAGCCGCUCCCCCUCAUUACCACAGCCUUGCACUUCUCUUUCUCACCAGCCCUCUAGCCACAAAGGAACUGACUUCCAUACGGUAAUUAACCUUUUUAAGUCUCAGCUUGAGCUGACUAGGAGUCUGUUCUUAAGUUGGAUGGAGAAUCUGUCUCUGAUCAAGAACCUUCUCACUGAGUGCACGGGUCAGCUGUCUUCACUAAUGGAGCUAAUAUCGCUUAACUUAAGAGGUCUUGUUCAGCCUACACCUAUUACUAUAGAAGGCUUAGAGCUGGACCCUAAGACCCGGGUAGACAGGGAAGUCAGUCCCUCACAUGAAGUUAGUUCCCUAAUUGGGUCUCCUGCUUGUGGAAAUCAACAGAGGAGUGUAAGACACCUCAGUACGUCAAGUAAAAUCCACACCCACAGUAAGAGCGGCAACAACAUUUUGGAUCCAACUAAAAAGAGCCUUAAACGUAAAAACUCUAAGGCCCAUGUAAAUUUAAAAAGGAAAACAAAAAAUAUAAAAACUGCUGUUAGUAGUAAAAGGGGCUCAAAAAUGAACUUUAACAAGCUUUUCAAGUUGCUGGAACGAGAUGAGAAUGGACACAAGGCAAUGGUCCUAAAGAGGCAAGCCAACAAAAACAAAAAUAACAUCAAUAAGACUGAACUAAAACAAGAACGGACUUGUCUGAUGCAAAGGCCAGAAGUUCUGCCUACACAUGAUACAGGAACAGGCCCCUCAGAGCCCCAGACAAUCUUGCAACCUGCCAAUAGGGGAGAUGUCCCCUUAAUUAGGGCUGUGGAUCGAGAGCGUCCCCAGGAAUUUACUCUGGAAAACAAAAAGUGGCGUCUCCAGUUAAAGGACAAGGACUUUGUCUUCAUUAAUUAUCCCAAACCUUAUGGUUGGUUGUCGCAGCAUGACCGUAAAUUACAUCUUCUGAAGUUUAUGUCUGCUUUAGUCAACUCUUUGCUAGAAUUAUACUCCAUCAAGAAGAUCGACUAUCUUUUUUAUAAUUAUAAAUCAGCUCAAGCCUUGGUAACCUUUGCCUCAGCCUCUAUUGCAGAAACAGUCUACUCAUUCAAGGAGGUGUUCCUAAGAAGGGGCAUCGAGGUUAAAAGACAUUUUAGGGAUAAUUCCCCUGCACUGCCUCUGGUUACUUGCAGUGAGGGGAAAUGUUUUGUUCCUUCAGUUCUGAGGCACGAGGAGCCCUCUGUUGGAGUCUCUGUCAAUCGAGCUAGUGUCCCCGCUUUUUUACCAACUAACAAUCCUGGGACAGACAACUUAGGGUUACUGAGUGCCAGGGAUAUGCAUGGUGUGGGGAAGCACUCUGUGAGCAAAAUAGAUCUUGUGCUUGGGAACUAUGUCCCUGAAGAGCUUUUACUUAUUUACUUAUUGAUAGCUUCGGGGCGAUCCCUGAACAGGAACAGCGUGAGAUUUUGUUGCGACUGUCUGCUUUGAAAGAUAUUCUUUCGAAUCUGAUUAAUCAUGAUAGUGAGCUGAAUUUGAACGUUUCCUGUCUGACAGCUCCUGAUAAUAAGGAAGGUACGAAUAUCAUCUCCCCUGGGAAUCUCCCGGUGCAGGUUUCUGGGAGCCCAGUAAAGUACUCACAUCGAGCAACAUAUAGCAGCUCACCUUGGGUGACUUCUUCUUCAUCUAGGCAUCAUACCACAAUUUUGCUGGGUCAUCUAGUUCUAAGCCUGGAAAUAGUUGUAAAACAAUAAUCAAAACUGACACUGAAUAAUGACCCAUUGAGUUUAGCUAAUGGCGGGAGCCUACCUCAGUCACCUCAGUCGCUAGUCCCUAAAAUAAAUGAGGAACCACAACAAAAUCCUGCUUUUUAUGACUGUACAAAUCUGGAGCCAAAAACUUUUGACUGGCUUGCUACACAUUUUCUGGAACCUCACGAGUGUAGUCCUCCAGUUCAUAACAGUAGCCGUCCUAUUCUCAUUGUUCAAUCUUCUGCCCUUUAUGUUCCACCCGAUAAUUGCUAUGUCCUGAAGGUCUCUCAAGGCAUUUUGGAUAAAAUUGAAGAGUCAGAUUGACUACGAUUGCCGCCUGGCCCCUCUUCAUUAAAAAUCCUCUUGUGGAACAUUGCUGGGUGGAAAACUAAAAGCUGGGACCUUAACUUUCUGGCCUAUUUGAACAAAUUUGAUAUUAUUCUGCUCCGGGAGACCUGGUGCAGAGAUCAUAUCUUUGUUGAUGGGUUUGUGUCAUUUUGUACCCCCGCACUCCCAAGUAAGAGUAAGGGUAGAGCCAGACAGGGUUUGUGCAUUCUGGUUUCUUCCUCACUGGAUGCCAGAUUAACUGAGCUUUCGGUUACUGACUUUAUGGAUAGUGACUCCGUGGUGAUGGCCAUGUUUUUAGAACUAAGGUCAUCACAGCUAUCUUUACUCCUAUUUAAUAUCUAUUUUCCCCCAACGUCUAAUAGGGAGGUUGUUCUAUCCAAUUGGCUUAAACUUGACUCUCUAUAUGCUUACUGGUCGUCUAUUUUCAUCUAUGCAUUUCCAAUUAUAGCAGGAGAUUUUAACGCAAGGACAGGAACUUACCUGGAGGAUGCUCCCUCAAUUGGGUUCCUUUCUAAUGUUGAUAGGAAUCACUUAAGGCGCAAUGCUCGUCAUUCUAAAGAUCAUUACUUAAAAUCAGCAGUAGUUGGUUUGCUUCAGUUCGUUUUUAAAUACGAUUUAUGUAUUUUAAAUGGUUCCCGCGCUGGCGAUGACUAGGUGGAGUUCACCUAUAUUUCUCCCUGGGGUUCGAGUGUGGUUGAUUAUAUAAUCAUACCUAAGAUGACGGAAACUGAGGGUUAUCUUUUUAGAGUAGCGCUCUGCUCUGUAAGCGACCAUCUGCCCCUGGAAUUCUUCCUCUCUGUCUCAGGUGGUGCACAGUUACAUAAACCUUCCCAGGUAUUCUCAAAUUUACCUCCACUGGCCAGUUCUAAUAAGAUUAAGUGGUCUUCCAAAACAGGCCAGGCAUUUAAUAACUAUAUUCAACUUCCUCACAUAAGCUGAUUAGUGAGUCAGUUAACCUCGGACAGUCCGCCCAGUUCAGGCUUGGCAAUUUACGAGGAUUUGAUUCAGGAUUUAAACACUUCACUUCAUACCAUCUCCUCGCAUUCCUCUAGAUACCCAAUAGACAGAUCCAAUAGCUGGUUUGAUAAAGAAUGCAAGGACCUAAGGAGAAGAAUUCGUUCAGCUUAUUGCUGCUAUCGCAAUAGUUGCUUAUAGCAGCAACUAUUAAGCAUAGUACCAAGUCUUUUUGGCAGAUAGUCUCUGGAGCCCUGGGUAGCCAUAAGGGAAGUCCCGACUGUCACAUUCCAGCUGACAUCUGGGAGGAGCAUUUUUGGGCUGUGUUCAACAAUCCUGAUUCUUUAGGUUCCAGCCACCCUCUCCCUUUGCCAUCUGAUAUCCCUGAGUGGCCCCCUGUUGACCCUAAUACCAUCGUGGCAUUAAUUACACAUCUUAAGUUGGGCAAGGCCCCUGGUCCCAAUGGUAUUCCCUCUGAGUUGCUGAAAUGCAACAUCAGUUCAUGGGCUUCUCUGUUGGCAUCUCUUUUUACGGUAAUUAAUAAAUCAGGACUGAUCCCCGUAACUUGGUUGAGAGCCUUUAUCAUCCCUAUUUAUAAGAAUGGACCUAAAAAUGACCCGAGCAAUUAUCGGCCAGUUAGACUGCUCUCCAUCGUGGGUAAGAUGUAUGCCAGCUAUUUAGGGUCCAAGCUGAAACUGUGGGUAAGCACCAAUAACAUCUUCGGAGAAGAACAGAUUGGUUUUAAAUCAGGUUGCUCUACUCUCGAUCACUACUUGGUCCUAGCUCAGCUGGUGUACAAAUACUCCAAGCCUCGUGGAGGUAAACUUUUUGCAGCCUUCAUUGACCUGAAGUCUGCUUUUGAUUACAUCUCCCGUGAACAUCUGUGGAGCAAACUAGAAUCUCUCUCUAUUGAGAAGAGACUUCUGUUUUUGAUAUCGGCUUUAUACCAUAACACCUCCAUCCAAGUUCGCUGUAGCCACCAUGGCCACCUUUCACAAGAAAUAUGCUCCUCACAAGGUGUUAGGCAAGGAUGCGUUCUUGCCCCCACCUUAUUUAACUUAUACUUGGCUGAUCUUCCCUCUGUCUUGGGAAGGAUACAAUCCCCCCCCAAACUAGGGUCUGCCAAAGUGUCUAUCCUGCUUUAUGCAGAUGACACGUUUUUAAUAUCUCAAACCCAGUUGCGUCUAAAAAGAUUACUUUUGGGUUUUGUGGAUUACUGUAAUGGUAAUUCUCUAACUAUUAAUCAUGCUAAAUCCAAAGUAAUUGUGUUCUCUAAAAGAAAGGCCAGGUUUCCCUGGUAUUUAGGUUCUGUCAGAAUAGAACAGGUUAACUCUUUCAAGUAUCUGGGGAUCUGGUUUCAAGAGACGGUCAGCUGGAAAUCUCAAGUUAAUUAUAUUAAAGCUAAAGCAGAGAAAAAUCUGGGAGCAUUGACCCGUUUUUAUUUCUCUAAAGGAGGGAAAUAUGUUCCAGCUGCAGUAUGUGUUAUCAGAUCCAAAAUAAUCCCGAUGUUGUUAUACGGGGCCCCGAUCUGGACCCCCUAUUUCAAGGGACACCUUGAAGGUAUUCUCCUCUUUUGUCGUUCCUUUUAGGGACGGAUUUGCCGCCGCCAUUAUUAAAGGGAGGACUCGUGAAUGCUCACGACAUAAACAUUUUUGAGCCACGUGAGAUCGUUCACCCAAUCAGGAAGGGUGUUGGAGCAGCAUAUAAAAGGCUGCUUCUUCUUCCCGCUCUUGCCUUUUUUGCCUCACGGCAUAUGCGGUUGGUUCGUGCUUCCCGUUGCUCCGUCGGCGUAUUGGCGUGAUUGUGUCUACUUACUUUAAGUUAUAUCGCUUGGUUUUUUCCCUGGUCGAUCCUUGUGAUCCUUUCAUUUUGCUUUCACGAUUCAAAUUUCCCUCCCCGUUACCCCGCUGAUUAGCUGGGCGGCGGGCGGCCGCCCACGCGCCUAGCGGCUUUUUUCCCGUUUGUUCCCCCUUUUUUAUUUGUAAAGCCUUUGUUCUCUUAGUUUCUUUGGUCCAAUUUUGGAGUUGGAGCUGUUGGAUUGGUCGUUAUUGGGGCAAUUUAGAAUUUAAUUCUUCGUUCUUGCCUUAGUUUUCGCUAUUGUCCUUGUUUAACCCCCCUUUUCCUUUCCGUUUUUCUCUGUGUAAUCGCUGUUAUAUAUU